AAGGCACAGCACAGCGCGGCACACGUGGAAUCGACUCUCAGCUGAUGAACUACAGUCUAUCUAACUAAGGAGCUGGGCUUUGUCUUAAAAUACAUUUUUCUUGUAGGCGACAGACUGCUCAGCUUUCGUGUCCAGUCAAUACUUGACACUCACCCGGAGAGUUUGAUUACCAACUGGAUUGACUGACUGACAGAAGUGUGUGAGAGAGAGAGGAGCAAGCCGUAGGGAUAUACAAGACGCCCUGGAGUAUCUGACCGGUGGAAAGAUGACAUCCAAGUCAUCCAGGCAGGGCAGACCCUCUUCGGCAGGGUCCAAGCAGCCCUCUCAGAGGAAGGAGUGCCCGGCAGGUAAUCGCUCCUGUAUGCUGCGGGUCGGGGAGAGGCUUAUGAGGGCUGGGAGUGAGGGGAACCUACAUGCUGUGAGACCCAAACCCGCCCAGCAGACACCACUGGAGGGGGGACACCAAAAGUCUGGCUCCAUCACAGCCAAAGAGUCAGGAAACAACAACCCAAGACUGUCAUCACCUGAGGAUGUAAAGCGCCUCCACCUAGAGAACCAGAACCACCACUCUGAGCCACACUCCCCUAGCACUGUCCCCAGGAGGUACACCAUUGGAGGGCAAGGGCACCGCAGCACCAGGGACCCCCUGACCAUGCAGCACGCUGACAUAGAGAGGAAGAAAGAGGUGUUCCUGGAGCACCUGAAGCAGAGGUAUCCUCACCAUGCUGCUGUCAUCAUGGGCCAUCAGGACCACCUCAUGGGCCAUCAGGACCGCCUCAGAGAUGUCAGGAGCCCCCCGCACUCUGUCAGCCCCCCGCCCGGUGUAGGGGAGCAACUGGAGCACCUCUCCGUGGUCUCUCUGGAGUCUAAGGAGACCAUGUCAGAGGGAGAUGGUCCUGCUGCCUUCACCCGGGGCUGUCGGGCACGGGCCAGCCUGCCGGUCGUCCACUCUGCCAACCAGACCAGGGACAGAUCACUAGGUGUGCUGUACCUGCAGUACGCAGAGGAGACCAAGCAGAUCCGGAUGCCCAAUGAAAUCACCAGUGGAGACACCGUCAGGGCUCUGUUUGUGAGUGCCUUCCCCCAUCAGCUCACCAUAAAGAUGCUGGAGUCUCCCAGUGUGGCCGUCUACAUCAAGGAUGACACAAGAAAUAUAUACUACGAGCUAACUGAUGUCAGAAAUAUCACACCUGCCUGCUGUCUGAAGGUGUACCACAAAGACCCUGCACACGCCUUCAAUCGCAGCAACGCAAGGUCCAACAAUGCCGACGGCGGGAUACCAAGAGAGAUACUGUAUGGAAGUCAUAGCCCUGUCCACACUUUACAAUCCACCCGCAUUCCUGUCCACGCCAUUCAGGGGUCCAUGUCUCCCCCCAUGGCCCGCUCCAUGCCCUCCUCCCCCUCCAGGAUCCCCUAUGGUCGCCAGGCUGGGGGAGGGGUGCCAGGCAGUGCCACCCUCCCCAGGGCCAACAUGUCCAGCGGGCCACCCAGCAGGUCCGUCACCCCAUGCCCCAGCGCCAUCCUGGAGAGAAGAGAUGUCAAACCUGAUGAGGACCUGAGCAGUAAGAGUAUGGCGCUGGUGCGUGCCGACGGGUUGUAUGUCAACGUCACUGACCCCUACGCUGUCCAGGAGGCCCGGCUGAGUAUCGCCUCCUCACAGGGGGGCAGCCACAUGGGGGACGUGGUCGACAUGGGUGGUGGCCUCCUCCGGGCUUCGGGCAAGUCCACAGCCUCCUAUUCAGAGAACCCAGAGCAGCAGCACUCCCUCUACAGGCAGAAGUGCCGGAGGUAUGGUGAAAACCAGGGACUACCGACGUUCGGCACCAAAACCCCACCACCUUCCCCUCACAGAGUGAAUGAGGUCAGGAUGAUUGACAACCAUGGCCCUGUGGCCCCGGAGAGAGGGUCUCCUAUUGGCCGGUCCCUGCGGAGGGAGAGUAAUGGUAAUACUGUAGAGGUGGUGAACAGGACCAGGGGUGGUGUGUCCUCUGUGUCCUCUCCUGUGUUCCUGGAGUUCCCCCCAGGGCACCAUGGCGACAAAUUGUUCCAGGGUCACCUCACCCCCAAUGACCCUCAGACCAGUGAGCGAAUGAAGGCCAUGGAACAACAGAUCGCCAGUCUUGCUGGCCUUGUUCAGCAUGCACUUUUUAUUGGGCCAGCUGAGAGAGAUGGGAGGACUGCUUCUCCUUUCCAUGUAAACAACAGUGCAGGAGUGUCACCAGUUCCUGCAGCCAGAAGCCCUGCCCUCCUGGCAGACGCCACCAGUGCUCUAGUCUCUCAGGCCCAUCCCCCUGACCCCGCCCUGCAGGUCACACUGACCACUGUCAGGAGGAACGUCACUGAUCUGCGACAGCAGCUGCACCAUCUCAGACAGCUACAGAUGCAGAACCAAGACAGUGUGAGGGUGAUGCUGAAGAGAGCGGAGCAGGAGCUGACUGGGGUUAUGUCUGAGACCUUACAGAGACAGCAGCAUGAGACAGAGCCUGCCCAGAGACAGAGGACCACAGUGGAUGAGGAGAGACGCAAGUACCUGGCCAUGGAGGAGAGAGUACUAGCCCAGCUCAGGGAGCUGGAGGAGUACGUAGACUGUCUGAGAAGAGACUUGUCCUCUUGCCAAGGUCAGCUGUCAGUCACCCUCAGGGAUGUGGAGGAGGGAGCUGUCAACCUUAGGAGGGUGGGAGAGGUCUUGGCUGGGCUUAAAGGUGAGUUUCCUAGCCUCCAGGGGAAGAUGCGGACAGUUCUGCGUGGGGAGGUAGAGGCAGUGCACUUUCUGAAGGAGGAGCCUCACAAGAUGGACAGCAUGCUUAAGAGGGUCAAAGCCUUGACAGAAGCUCUCAGCGGUCUCAGAAGAUGUGUCACAGAGAAUCAUCCUCACGAUCCCGAGCCUGGAGCAGCCAAAGCAUUCAUAGAGGGGGCUGUAGAGCCUGCCAUUACCCAGUCCGAUCCCCCACUGAGGAAUCGCCCCACUGUGGAUUCCCCCAAUCCCCAGCCCAGGUCCUCUGUCAGACCGCCCCUACCCCAGCUCCAGGGCCAGAACCCCGCAGUCAGGCCAGACAUGGCCCCCACGUCUCCUGUUGUCAUCCACCGUGUGAAGAGCUCUCCCGUCGAUAUGCAACCGUGUCAGCACUCAGUGGCCCUGCCGCCCUACCACCACCCCAGCCCCCCGCUGACCCCCACCCAUGGCCGAGACUCCCCCACCGUGGCCAAGGUCAGUCCCCGCAGUCGGGAGAACAGCCCAGCCCUGCAGAAGAGAAUGAUCACCUGGUGCGGAGAUGGACCGGCCCCCACGGCUAGCAGCACUGAAACCACCACACAACCACCUGGCUCAGCGGAGAACCAAACCAACAGGGGCAGCAUCAAAAACAAAGUCAUGGACAUUGAGGCUGCAGAGAGAGAGGGGGACCUGGAGGAGGGGAGGCCACCACAGAGAUCAGCCACCUCUGCUGGGAGUCAGUUUGAGCAGAUUCUCCAGGAGGCCCAGGCCAGCCUAAUGAUGGCCAUCCCUGACUUAGAGUUGACCGAGACGGGGAGGAGUGAGUCUCAGUCUCCCAAUCCACCCCUAGCUCCAGACCAGCCAUCUCUCCCCCAGACCCUCCCAGACCCAAAGAUGCCCCUCAACACUCCACUGCUAGACGAGAUGGAUGUUCCUGAACCUACUGAGGCAUCUCUUCCAGAACCCACUCAGCCAGCCAAUGUGGCUUCUGAGAUGACUGUUCAGGACAGCCCUGAGCAACCACACAGGCCUAUGGUUGAGAAGCCUCGCAGGCCCAGUGUGGAAAGAGAGAUGAGGAACAGCCCAGAGAAAGCAGGGAAGUCCCCUCCACCGCCCCCACCACGGAGGUUCUUCACCUCACCAUCAAGCCCAGGGCUGACCACAGGGAGGUCUGGAGAAGUGGUCUUUACUACCAGGAACGAAGCUGCCACCACACGGGACAAUGAAGAGGAGGUGUUCCUUCAACCCAGUCCCAAACCCACCAGACAGCCCCCAGAGGUCAAGCCCAAGCCCCAAACCACAUCUGUUAUCACAGCCUCAGCUGAGCCAGAGGAAGAGGAGGAUGAAGAAGAAGAUGAGGAGGAGGAUACAUUCAUGAAGGAACUACAGGUGUUUCAGAAGUGCACUCUUAGAGAUGUAGGCACAAAGUGCAUUGUAGACCUCACAAGCACUGCAUCACAAGUCAGACAGAUAGAACCAGAGCUCUCCCUUUCACCCAAAGUCCCUAAGGAGAGUCAGGAGAACCAGGGUAAAGACAAAAGUGUGCUCAACACCGAUGAAAACAGAUUUGACACUGUACCAAAGAGUCCCAGGGUCAUGUAUUAUGUUAUGGGACAGAUAUCCAAUGAAAAGCCUCCAUCGGGAAGAACAGACCAAUCGGAAGGGAGAGAGGGAACAGUGUCCCCCUCACAGGUGGCAAACACAAAUAUGCUUGACUCCCAGCAGCUAGAGUUACUAACAGCAGAUGAGUCACCUCUAGUGGUGGAGUGCGAAGAUUGUCCUCCUGAAACACAAAAGAUAGCAGUUGGAGAAGAUAGUGAGAAGGCAAACCUCGUAGAUGAGAAUGACCUGAAGGAUCCUGUUGAGAGUCAGAAAGAGGAGGUGGCUGAACCUGUGUGUUCUACAAUACCUGCAGAGAAGAAGGACUUACCUGCACCUACCGAAUUGAGCACUCAUCCUGCUAACAGUAUACCAUCAUCUCCACCAGUACCAGUAAAUCAGUCUAUGACUAUUAUAGCUCAGGAGGGUUCAGGUAGUCCAUUGUCUUCUCCACCAGUAGAGAGUGUGAACCUGGAUGACAGCCAGAGCCAGCAGGUAGUAUUUAGGUCAUCCAGAGGCAGAGCACCACGGUAUGUAGAGGAGAGCAGCAGCCUGAGCCCUGACCUCCCCGACGAGGAGGGCUCUCCUCCCCCUGAGAACAUCUCCUUCAUGAUGAUUACCAGCAAAAGAGUGCAGGCUCUGUCCACCAGGCAGUACCAGGAGAUAGUAAGUAGGACCAACGGGUCCGAGGUUCAGACCGUCAAGGUGGGGAACGACACCACCACCAGCGUCAGCCAGGAGGAGCACUGUGGCUUCGAUAGGAAGCCUGUGAUCAUCAUAUUCGACGAGCCCAUGGACAUCCGGUCGGCCUACAAGCGUAUGUCCACCAUCUUUGAGUGUGAGGAGGAGCUGGAUGUGAUGCUGCACCAGAAGAGCAUCGAAGAGGAGAAUGAGGAAGCAGAGAAGAAUGUACCUCAGGUAAAGCCUAACACUGAUCUCCAACAGGCAAACAAGACAGCAGUGACAGAAAACACUGCAGACGGUCACAGUAAUACUCCUGCUGUGGUUGCGCAACAGACAAGUACAUCAGAGUGCUCAUCGCCAGAACAGUCUAAAACAGAGUCCUCAAAUGGCAGCAAACCAGAGUCCAAAAAUAAGUUCAAAUUCAAGUUCCCCAAAAAAAAGCUGGCGGCCAUCAGCCAAGCGAUUCGCACUGGGACCAAAACAGGCAAAAAGACGCUCCAGGUGGUGGUCUAUGAGGACGGGGAGGACGGACACAUGAAGGAGACCAAGAGGUUUGAGAUCAACAGCAGCAAACCCCAAACUGACUCCAGUCACCUCACCACUGUGAAUAACGUAAUGUCAUCAAGCACUCUCACCUGGUCAAACUCUAAACACAGAACAGAGGCGAUCUGUAAGAACACCUACGAGUCCAGAAACAGUUUAGAUGAGACCAUUAAAAAGCAGGAGAUCAUCGUGGAUAAUAUAAGCCCCUCUGCGCUUAAGAUAGACUCCUGUGAAGAGUCUCCAUCCGCUAUGAAACUCAAACAAGAGAGGGAGGGCAGUCCCUCCAAGAGGUCUGCCCCUCCUCAGGUCUCUAAGUCCCUUAAUCCUCAGAGUAAGAAGUCCAAACCACAACUUCCACAGCUUCCCAGACCGUCCAUCAUGAGCAGCUCCAAGAAACAGAAUACCAGUGGCUCUCCUUCUUCAAGUCAGAUGUCACGUUCUGCAUCUGCAAAGUCCUGGCAGCAACCAGCCGGGUCAGCUGACAAACCAGGGGGAAAAGCUCAGAAGCUCCAGGGCAAUCGGAAGCAGUUUCGACAGGUAGUUUUACUAUAAGAUGGCCUGUGUCAGGAAGUAUUGGAGGAACCACUUUCAUGAUGUAGAGAAGUGCGUUCAUGUAAAGCAUUGGAAACUGUACAAUUAUAAGAUGUUUGUUGAAUCCAUGCGUUCUCUGUCUUGUUCUCCUAUGUCUUCAAGACCUUUUGACUUACCAUAUGUACCCUCUUCACCUCUAUAUGCUCCAUGAGCAUGCUCAGCAUGUAACUUUCAGUCCCUUGGAGAUGGAGACAAGGAUAGAAGAUUGGCAAGGAUAUAUUCACCUCACUUUUUGAAGAUCUCCUUGAAUUAAGCAUUUUCAUUUUUUGCAAAUAAAUGCGAUUCUCUAAACUUAAACUAAAGCAACUCAAAUGAUCCAUCUAAAUUCACCCUCUGUCAGCUAUCCAUGUAUUCUUUAACCCUCUUCAUCUCACCCUGAGUAGCAUGAUAUUUAUGUCAUAAACAUUGCGUGUGCUUGAUGAGUAAGUGCAUUUAAUUGGUUAAUUAGUGGGCAUCAUUAACCCUUUAGAUCAUUUCCUGACUUCAUCUGUUUUACUGUGGUUGUUUAUAUUUUCAAUUAAUCAUCUAUUUUUUGUGUAUUUUAGUGUCAUCUGUUUGCUUUGUAACAUUGUUUAUUUAUCUUUGUAUAAUAACACUUCUUUUGCCUUUCUUGACAUUCCAUGUCUCCUGCCAUCUUUGUUUCGCAGGCCAUCAGAAGUACUAAGAAAGCAGGUGGGGAUAGUAACCAUUCUUUCCUUGCUUUACCUGCUUCUAAGAUCCCAACCUUUUGUCAUAGCUCUGGAAAAAACACAUCAUCCCCAGAUCCUAACUCAGUGCCUAACCCUAUUAAAUCACCUUCAUCCUUCCCAUCCUCCUCACACAAGUCUUUCAUCCCGUCUCUUAAUCUGAGUCGUCUUGUCCCUCCUAGCCCGUCUCUCAAUGACAGACGUCAAAAUCUUUCCCUCUCGUCUCAAACCCAAAAUGGCCGACCCAGCCAUUUCUCUUACUGCUCAUCUUCCUCUUCCUCCUCCAACUCCCCCUCUUCCAACUCAUCCUCUUUGUCCCCCACAUCCACGUCCUCCACCUCAUCCUCCCCUCCCUCCUCUCCCCGACUGCCAUGAGUCAAGGUGCAAGGAGUAUCCACCGCAUUGCACAUAUACCCAGCUUCACCGGUCACAAGAUGCAAUGUGGACACAGCAGCAAAACCACACAAACACCAGCAGCUUCUUUAUCUAAGGACAUAUCAUGAUAUUUUUAUAUCUAUAAAUUACAGUGGAGGGAAAUGCUGUUUUCAUGGCAACAUAAUACAAUUACAGGGCAGUCUUGUUUCUCUCUAUCCCUUCCAUACGUUUUUGAUAAUGAACAGUUUGAAAAAGAAAAUACAUUGACCUGGUUUUCAACACUCACUUUGAGCAAGAGGACCUUUUUAUUUCUGCCUCGGCUUUUGUAUGAUGAUAACCAUAUUAACAAGAUAACUACUUUGCAUUACAAAUGAUCAACACAAAAAGGUGCAAACAUUCUAGAAUUAAUGCUAAUGCAGUUUGGUGGUGCUGGAAAUCUGGAUUUUAUUUUUAUUGAUGUGAGAAAUCUUUGGUUUAAUUGAUGGUGUUGAAUAUAAUGUAUAUUUUAUAAGAAUUUGAGUGACAGAUAAUAUGCAGAUUUGAUCUAAAAUAACAAUUUAUUAUAUAAGGAAAUCAAAUGAUUUUGGAGAUAGAUAUAGUAAAUUUCAUCUAGCAUCUGUCAUUCACUUGUCAUCUGUCAGAGAAUCUCUUCUAUGCAAUGAUCUUAGAUGUGUAGAGUGUGAGUGGAACUUUAAGGAAAAAAAGAGUUUGGUGAUUUCUUAAGCUUCCUAUGCACUGCCAAAUUGUUUGAGCUAACAAGAUAGCUACUGUACAAUCAAAGUGAUGUUUAGAGGACUUUUAUGGCAGUAGAUGUGGUAAAUGCCAAAGUAUUUGGUUUUACAGACCAUGUAUCUAAGACAUGCACUGUGUGGAUGUUGUAAUGUUUUCCUUUGGGAUGGCACCUACUUAUUUUAACCAAAUAGCUUACUGUGAUACUCUUAUAUUCAUAUCAGUAACUGGUGUUUACAUUCAUACUUAGUGACAGAAGUUUACAUACAAGUACAUUAUAGAGAUUUGACAUAUUUAUCUGUAAUAUUAGAGAACUAUUGUGUUUGCACAACUCCUAUUUAGUGUUCUCUGAUUUUGUAAAGCUGUAAACAAUGUUGUAAAAAUGUAUUGUGGAAUGAAAUACUUGUGAGGUUGAAAAACGAAUAAAGGGCUUUCUGUUAGUGA